AUGACGAAACGGCUCGGAGACGGCACAUUCGGAGAAGUGAUGCUCGCCAAGAAAAUAGACACCGGGGACCGGGUGGCGAUCAAGAGGUACGGGCAGGAAGUGAUAUUCUCACGCUUGACGAGACGCGCACACUUCCCGUUUUCAGGAUGAAAAAGAAGUUCUACAGCUGGGAAGAGGCGAUGAGUUUGCGGGAAGUGAAGUCACUCAAAAAGCUCAAUCACCCCAACAUCAUCAAGCUGCGAGAGGUGAGCGGAAAUGACUGAUUGAGUUACUUUUGGUUGUCCGCAGGUGAUACGCGAAAACGACAUUCUGUACUUCAUAUUCGAGUACAUGCAAGAGAAUCUGUACGAGCUGAUGAAGGAUCGAGACCGUUAUUUCCCGGAAAGUGUCAUUCGGAACAUCAUCUAUCAAGUGCUCCAGGGGCUCUCGUUCAUGCAUAAAAACGGAUUUUUCCAUCGAGAUAUGAAGCCGGAGAAUAUAAUGUGCAAUGGAACCGAACUGGUCAAAAUAGCCGACUUUGGACUGGCGAGGGAGAUCCGUUCGAAGCCGCCCUACACUGACUACGUCUCGACGAGAUGGUACCGUGCUCCGGAGAUCCUGCUCAGAUCCACUUCCUACAACUCUCCGAUUGACAUCUGGGCGCUCGGCUGCAUCAUGGCUGAGCUCUACAUGCUCCGUCCGCUCUUUCCGGGAACUUCUGAGAUGGAUCAGUUGUUCAAGAUCAUUUCCAUUCUCGGAACUCCAAAUAAAGUGAGCACACCUCUUGUUUGUGCCUAGACUGUUGCGAUUUCAGGAUGAAUGGCCAGAGGGAUACCAGUUGGCUUCCGCAAUGAAUUUCCGAUUCCAGCAAGUGGUGGCGACUCCGAUGGAACAGGUGAGCAUAGUUCGAUUCACAGUAGCCGUUGUGGGAUUACUGUGAUUCUACUUUGUUCUACAGGUGGUCAACACAAUCAGCAAAGAGGGAAUGAAGCUAAUGAUGGACAUGAUGAUCUGGAAUCCGGAGAAACGGCCGAACGCACAGCAGUCUCUCCGUUACAAAUACUUCCAAGUGGCGGAGAAGCUCGGCGCUCCGGUCGUCAGUCAGCCGGCUCCGGGCAGCAUUCGGAAGACGAGCGCCACUUCGGUGAAGAGCGACACAAAAGCGAUGACGGCGAAGGCCACAAAGGUGAGAAUGAAUGAAAACGGAGGGAAGGGGAGACUGAGAUGAUUGCAGAAGGAUUACUUGGAAUCGGAGAAUGUGUCGCCUCAGCAGCCGGCGAAAGUGAUCGAAAGACACUCAAACAGGAACCUCCCACUCAACAAGGCGACUUUAUUCGAAAAGUCAGUGUUUCAGUUUCCCAGAAAUGUACAAUAUCGUUUCAGAACUGAUAGCAAACCGCUGGCGCCAACGAAAACGAACGAGGCGAAGCCGUCGGCGAAGGACAUUUAUUUAUCGAAAAGCAAAUACGUUCCGGGUACAGUAAUCGGGACUGCGCGCGCUCUUUUCUGUCGAUGUGUUCUCUAAAUGCAAUCGUUCAGGUCAAACGACGAAGGACGUUUCUUCUUCGAAUCAGAAUCAGAUAAUGACGACGAACGGCCUGACGGGCGCCACGAAAACGACGACUUUCAGCGCGAAGAAGGAGGGGCGGACGGCCGUUCAGACAAGGUUCGAGUACGCGUACGGUUCGUCGUUUUGUUCUCUUCUCGGCUGUCCUUUGGUUGCGCAUGUUCCCCCCUCUCCGGCCGCUCCCAUUUCAGUGCCCUUCUUCAGGAUACAUCCCAAACUUCGGAGCAAGACAAUCGGGGAGUGUGCCGCCCAACCAGCAGAAUAAGGAAACCAACUCGGCGAACAAAAUGACGAAUGCGGGUCGUGUUGACUGGGCGGCCAAGUGAGUUUCGGCUUCUCCUCCGCUCUUCUGAACACUCAUUUCAGAUAUGUGAAAUGA